CAGUGAUCAACUGAUCAGCGAUCAAUCAUACCGUCUUCAGCAGGCAGGUGGCGUUACGUAGCGCCCCGAAACAGCCGAGGAACGUGAUGAGAAACAUCACGGAGCCGACGAUGAUCAACAGCAGAGCUGGAUCCAAUAUCCCCACUGCUGUGAGGACGGCGCUCACAACCUGCAGAGUCACAGAGUCACAGGUCAUUUCAUCCGCCUCCUCUGUUGUGUGAGGACCUGAUUGAGGACCUGAUUGAGGACCAUGGGCCUGCUGGACAUCUUCUCGUCCAUCAGAGACCGAGUGGACAAGUUCCUGAAUGAGAAGAACGUGGUGACGGACUUUCUGGGGAAGAUGGAGGAGAAGACGGGGAUCAGGAAGAAGAUCAUUGCGGGGGGUGCCAUCUCCCUGACUGGACUCUACCUGGUGUAUGGAUAUGGUGCCUCCCUCGUCUGCAACCUGAUCGGUUUCGUCUAUCCGGCCUAUUACUCAGUCAAAGCCAUUGAAAGUGCGAGCAAAGAAGACGACACAAAAUGGCUGACGUAUUGGGUGGUGUACGGUGUCUUCAGUCUGGGCGAGUUCUUCUCCGAUAUUUUCCUCUACUGGUUCCCGUUCUACUACGCUUUUAAGUGUCUCUUCCUGUUGUGGUGCAUGGCUCCGAUAUCGUGGAACGGCUCCCAGAUCAUCUACAACAAAGUAGUCCGUCCCGUCUUCCUCCGACACGAGGCCAUGGUGGACAACAUGGUGAACAACCUCGGUGGGAAGGCCAUGGACGCUGCUGAGAACCUCACCAGAGAAGUCCUGACCACGCUGAUGAAGAAUAAAGCUCUGGUGACUCCGGGACCAUCCGGCGCUCAGUCUGAACCUAAAAGUUUACCGAGUUCAUCGGGAGAAACAUCAGCAGCUAAAGUAGCUCCAUCAGAGCCCAGCGAAGAUCGACCAUCCUUCAGAUAGCAGCAGAGGAAGAGGAGGAGCCUCAGUGAUGAAGAGGAGGGGCCUCAGCUGUGAAGAGGAGGAGUUUCUGAGAGGAGGAGGAGCCUUGGCAAGGAGGAGUAGCGGAGAAUGAAGGUUUUCCUCUUCCUCCUCACAGAUCCCAACGACAGCACGACCUCCUGUCAGAGACUGAUUUCCUUCUUCUAUCAGAUCCUCAGAUUUUUAUGCACCAGUCCAGAACCGUUCGGUCCAAAACUCUGCAGAGAGACAGACAGAAUUUACAGCAGUGUUUGUUGUCGUUCUCAUUUCAUUCCUUUAUAUUUAUUGAUGAUGUUUGGGGCGAUAUCUUUGAUGUGAAGCACAUGAAACUGCCUCAAAACUCACCAGCUCACGUUCAGCAGGCUGCAGAUUCUCCACCCUCUAAGCUGGCCCACCUGUACCACCUGUACCACCUAACCCACCUGGCCCACCUGCACCACCUGGCCCACCUGUACCACCUGUACCACCUGACCCACCUGUACCACCUGGCCCACCUGUACCACCCGAC